GCUGCUGUACGACCGGUCGCUGACGUAUAAUUCGAGCUUCUGCCUGGCGGGCCUGGUGCUGGUGCUGUCUGCACUCCUCGUCCUGGUGCCGUGGCGCUACAGUCGCGCUCCGAGCCCGCUGCCUGACCCAGACCGGGAGGCAGCCGCCGAACCCGCCUCUCCCGUGAAGGUGCCGGCCCAACCGAGCGACUUUCUGCUACCACCGGAGGCCGGUCCGACCAAGCCCGUGCUGUCGCAGCACGGCCGCCCCUGUGACGAGGCCGUGCGAGCAUUGGACGCAGAGCGGGCUCCACUCUGCCCGUCGGAUUGCACGUGCCUCCAGGGAGGCGCGGAAAGAGGACAGGAUGAGCCGGCACCACACGGGGAGCGAGCUCCUCUCUGCCCGCCGGACUCUUCCCGUCUCCAGGAGGGCGCGGAGAGAGAACAGAAAGAGCCGCUACCGGACGGGAAGCGAACCCCGCUCUACCCGACGGAUUCUUCCCGUCUCCAGGAGGGCACGGAGAGAGGACAGGAGGAGCCACCAACGGACGGGGAGCGGGCCCCACUCUGCCCGCCGGAGAAUCCCCGCCUCCAGGACGUGCCGGUGAGCGACUGCGGCGCGAUGGACACGCGGACACGGCCGGGUCGCCUCCGCUCGCCCGGCGCCGCCGCUCGACAGGAGGCUGCCACCGACUGUGACCCCGUGCCUGCGCUAAGCCACUACUGGAACCAGCCCCUUGUAUGAUGCGGCGUGUUCCUGGACGCUGACGUCCGAUCGACGCCCGUCAGCCUCGAGCCGCGUGUGGCCGGCCCGCCGGCCCGGACGGUCUGUGGACACGGUCUCUCGCCCGUCUUGCGACGGUGCCUCCGCCGAGGCGGGGCAACCGAUAGUCCAAGGCAGGGCAUGUGAUACUUGAGCGGCUGCAGGCAAUCUUUUGACCGUGUGAGUUGGGUCGCGUUAGCCACAGCCUGUUGAACUGAUCGGCGUUUACUUUGGCCUGUUAGGUCACAAUGGCUUGCAACCCAGAGGCAACCGAGGCAUUGCGAUUCGCAGUGGUCCUGAGAGCACUGGAUAUCAUGCGUGUCGCAUGGCCAUCAGCCUUCAACCUAAGGCUGGUACUUGUGGAUUUAUUGUGAGCUCAGUGGUCUCUGACAUGUGAUACUCCCUUGAAACGCGUACGAUUAACUGCCGAAAGUUUGGAGCGAAUGUACAAGAAUCGCAAAGAGCCGUGGAGUAUGCGUGGUCGAUUACUCGGUUCGCUACAAAAUACAUUAUAAUCGAUUCACAGCCGUGGAAUCGAACGAUAUCCAGGCAUUUGAAACCGGUGUGGUGGUGACGCACGAAUCGACGAAGAUCGAAUCAGUUCCCAACUCGCAAACAUUCCAGGUCCACGAGUAGAUUCUCCCUUGUACACUAUCAAGUGAUAUGGUAUGGAUAUGAUAUGGAUAUGAUAUG